AUGUUCGUUACUGAAGAAGAGGAAGAUAUUGAAUCGUAUCGUGACAUCAUUGAGGCGACACAGCCCGGGGAUCUCCGCUUCAUGGACAUGGGCAGGCCCAGGGAAGUGAUUCAGGAGCUGCAGAAGGGCAGAGCUAGUCGGAAGAAAACACACCAGAUAGUCGGAGAGGCUGAUCCUGAGGUCCCUCCAUCCACCGUCCCCUGCCAGGGCUGUGGGGCACACCUACAGUGCUAUGACGGCAUGAAACCUGGCUUCCUCCCAAGUGCAAAAUUUAAGAGCUUGAGUGAAGAUGAACUGAGUGGUGUGAAGUGCCAACGGUGCGUACUCCUAACAAACCACAAAAUAGCCCUUGAUGUCCAGGUCUCCAGAGACCACUAUGUGGAGGUCUUGGCUCCUCUCAAGGAAAAGAAGAAUGCCUUAAUCAUACUGAUGGUCGACCUCUUAGACUUCCCCUGUAGCAUCUUCACCAACCUGUUGGACCUUGUGGGAAAAGACAAGUGGCUGGUGGUGGUAGGGAACAAGUUUGACCUGCUCCCCCCAGACGGGUCCGGCUACACCAGGAGAACAGAGGACGAACUGUUCAUGGCCUGUCUCCGGGCGGGGCUGCAUGACAACAAGAACAUAAAGCACGUUUGCCUGAUCAGUGCUAAGACAGGGUACGGGGUGGAGGCGUUGAUUACGGAGAUCCAGACCAUGUGGGGUUACCGAGGGUGA